GGAGGUGUGAGCCCCCUCCCCCCCACAAUGCAGUGCGCGGCGCGGCUGACAUGGCGGCCGGGCCGGAUUGAGCCGCUCGCGUCGGGGCCUCCAGCAGCCAGAGCCGGGCAUGGGGGGGGCGCAGCCUGAGCGCCCCUAGGGCAGCAGCCAGUUAUAGAUUUCCUUAAUUCUUACUGCUUUUCUAAAGCCAAAAGAAGAGGAGAUGGUAUCUGAUGACAAAUAUUCCAUAUAUAACACCACAACAACAAUGUAGAAAAGAGAGAAAACAGACCUGAUGACAGUUUAAAACUACAAUCAGCCAGAUUCCCAUGCCCAAACAGUGGAUUUUAAUCAACAUAAUAUUACUGGAGAAUUGCUUUUCAAAUAGUCUCAAGUGACAGAAGAAGCAGGUCUUCACUAUAAUGGAAGAGGCCAAGAGCUCAAAAAAUGGAAAUCAUGACCCAAGAAAGUCUACCCGUGUUGUCUGUGAAGAAGGCAAAGCAGUCAGAGUUAUAAACAAUCAGAAUUAUAAACACAGUAGAAAUGAUAAAUCUGUAAAAGAUGUUGGGAGAAGUUCUCCAGGUGGGAACAGUAGCAAAAAGAGUAAACAAAAUGAUGUUUGUUCUGAAAAAUCAGGAGAAAAUAAAUCAUGUAAAGUAAAUAGUUGUAUUCCUGGAUCUAAAGAUGUGGGGUCAAACCUUCAGGAUCGAAGUCAUGGCAAAGCAAAAAAAAUAUCUAAUUUACCAGCAGCAGCAACAGAAAACCUGAAACAGAUAAAAGUUCAGCAGACAGGAGAAAACUCUCCAAGCUCCCAUAUUUCUGGGAAUGGGGUCAGUAUGGAAACCUUACCAGCUACACAAAGAGGGAAAUUGGUUUUGGAAAAUCCACCAGGAGUUCAUAUGUCGAAAACAAGCACGGAUCAGACUGGUGACUCUGGUAAGACAGUUUCAGAACAAAGAACAGUGGAGCACAAGUCUGAUGACUUCAGCAAAAUGAAGAAUCCUGAAUCAACUAAAGAACAUAAUUUGGAGACUGAAUAUUUAGAAAACACUGCUGUGAUUGAUGAGUCUACUUUGACAGCAGAACAGCAACUAGGCUUGAAACAAGCAGAAGAGCGACUGGAAAGAGAUUAUAUCUCCCGACUAGAAAAACGCUCCCCAGAAUAUGCGAAUUGCCAGUAUCUAUGCAAACUCUGCUUAGUUCACAUUGAAAAUAUCCAGGGAGCUCACAAGCACAUUAAAGAAAAACGCCAUAAGAAAAAUAUAAUGGAAAAACAGGAAGAAAAUGAGCUGCGUGGCCUCCCACCUUCCUCCCCUGCACAGGUGGCUGCUUUGACUUUUACGCUCAUGGAGGCAGCAAAUGAACAAGGCAUAUCGGAUGAUGACUUCAGAAUCCGCCAAGAAAUUGUAAACGAGAUGGAGAAGAUUAUUCAACAGCCCUUACCAGAGUGUUCACUGAGGAUGUAUGGCUCCUGUCUAACUAGAUUUGCUUUUAAAACCAGUGAUGUUAAUAUUGACAUAAAAUUUCCCUCCAAGAUGAGUCACCCGGAUGUUCUGAUACAGGUGCUUGACAUUUUAAAAACCUGUGCUUUUUACUCAGAUGUGGAGUCAGAUUUCCAUGCCAAAGUUCCUGUUGUCUUUUGCAGAGAUGUUAAAAGUGGUUUAACUUGUAAAGUGAGUGCUAGAAAUGAUGUGGCCUGUCUUACAACUGACUUGCUGGCUGCACUUGGCAAACUGGAACCUGUCCUUGCUCCCUUGGUGUUGGCUUUCCGCUACUGGGCUAGAUUGUGCCAUAUUGACUGCCAGGCAGAAGGUGGGAUUCCCUCAUAUUCUUUUGCCUUAAUGGUGAUAUUUUUUCUUCAACAAAGAAAACCACCCAUUUUACCAUCCUAUUUAGGCACUUGGAUUGAAGGCUUUGAUUUAAAGAGGGCAGAUGACUACCCACUGAGAGGUAUAGAAGAGGAGAAGUUUGUAAGAUGGGAAUACAAGCCACCAAAUAAUGGAGCGGGGAAAAACUCAAGUGGUGUAGACGGCAAAGCUAAAGCUGAACAGCAGAAAGGUGGUAAGAAGUCAACAAGCUCAGAAACGGACAACCAAAGUAAUGCAAAGGAGAAACAUGGCAAAUCUCCCUUAGCAUUUGAAAAACCCCACCAAAUAUCCCUGGGGCAACUGUGGUUAGAACUGUUGAAGUUUUACACACUGGAAUUUGCUUUGGAGGAAUAUGUCAUCAGUAUACGGGUACAAGAACUCUUAACCAGAGAGAACAAAAACUGGCCUAAAAGGCGAAUAGCCAUUGAAGAUCCUUUUGCACUAAAGAGGAAUGUUGCACGAAGCCUAAAUAGCCAGAUGGUGUUUGAGUACAUCCUGGAGCGGUUCAGGACAGCGUAUAAAUAUUUUGCAUGUCCACAAACUAAAGAUGGGAUUAAAUCCAAAUCAGAUACCAAGCAAAAAGAAAAGGAAAAAAUUAGCAGCAAGAAAUCUGCAAAAUCUGGAGAACCUGUAGCCAACUGUUGCCUUUCACAGGGAGAAAACAUUUUAGAGAAACAGAACGCAGGAAAUGGAUGUAGUAUACAAGAAUAUGAACUUAAAUGUAAUGAAAUGGAAUCUACAUCCAGGAAAUGUGUUUCUGAGAACACAGACAGUUUGUUAGUAAAUAAAACAGAUGCAUUGGACUCCAAUUAUGAUGAAGACAGAGAGGAAACAGUAUCUCUUAUUUCUAAAGAAUGCUGUGAAUUAAAGCAAAAAUCACUCAAAGAGAAAGAUGAUCUAGAGCUUUCAGAAAUUUGUCUAACUAAAGACAAGCUAAGUCACCAUUGUAAUUGCAGUGAACGUUGGUUCCAUGACCCAAAUUCUGUUAAUGAAUUUGUUGGUGUUGAAAGUGGACAGAGUUCAGUAAUGGAGUGUUCACAGAAGAAUAAGUGCACUAGCACAUCAGCUACCUCGCACAACUGCAAAGCAAUGGUAGAUGUUUGUAACCUUAAAGAUGAAGAUAAACUCUCCAGAGAAGAAAUGCAUUAUGUGUUUGAUAAAUUCAUUUUGACUUCUGGAAAGCCUCCAACUAUAGUAUGCAGCAUCUGCAAACGUGAUGGCCAUUCCAAAAAUGACUGCCCAGAGGAUUUUAAGAAAAUUGAUCUAAAACCACUACCACCAAUGACAAACAGAUUUCGGGAAAUACUUGAUAUAGUGUGUAAGAGAUGCUUUGAUGAAUUAUCACCUCCUUUCUCUGAGCAACAAAACAGAGAACAAAUUCUGGCAAGUUUGGAAAGAUUUAUUAGAAAAGAAUACAAUGACAAAGCCAGACUGUGCUUAUUUGGCUCUUCAAAAAAUGGAUUUGGAUUCCGGGACAGUGAUCUGGAUAUCUGCAUGACCUUGGAAGGCCAUGAAAAUGCAGAGAAACUAAAUUGUAAGGAAAUAAUUGAAGGUUUGGCAAAAAUUCUUAAAAAGCAUCCAGGUUUAAAAAACAUCUUGCCUAUAACAACAGCCAAAGUGCCUAUAGUAAAAUUUGAACACAGACGGAGUGGCUUAGAGGGAGACAUCAGCUUAUACAAUACGCUAGCACAGCAUAACACAAGAAUGCUGGCUACAUAUGCAGCUAUUGAUCCUAGAGUGCAAUAUUUGGGAUAUACAAUGAAAGUUUUUGCUAAGCGUUGCGACAUUGGAGAUGCAUCCAGAGGAAGCCUAUCUUCAUAUGCCUAUAUCCUUAUGGUGUUGUACUUUCUGCAACAGAGAAAUCCCCCAGUUAUCCCAGUUCUUCAGGAGAUAUUUGAUGGAAAACAGAUUCCACAGAGAAUGGUUGAUGGGUGGAAUGCCUUUUUCUUUGAUGACAUGGAAGAGCUGAAGAAGCGUUUGCCUUCACUUGGAAAGAACACCGAGUCACUUGGAGAACUCUGGUUAGGAUUGCUGCGAUUCUACACUGAAGAAUUUGACUUCAAAGAAUAUGUGAUCAGCAUUCGGCAGAAGAAACUACUAACCACCUUUGAGAAACAGUGGACAUCCAAAUGCAUUGCCAUUGAAGAUCCUUUUGACUUGAAUCAUAAUCUUGGUGCUGGAGUCUCCAGAAAAAUGACCAAUUUCAUAAUGAAGGCAUUUAUCAAUGGGAGAAAACUGUUUGGUACCCCAUUCUAUCCAAUCCUGGGAAGAGAAGCUGAAUACUUCUUUGAUUCCAAAGUGUUGACAGAUGGGGAGCUGGCACCCAAUGAUAGAUGCUGCCGUGUCUGUGGAAAAAUUGGUCACUACAUGAAAGACUGUCCGAAAAGGAGAAGGCUGAAGAAGAAGGAGAAUGAGAAAGACGAUGAAAAAGAAGUGAAGGAAGAGGACAGAGAGACUAGAGAGAAGAGGUGUUUCAUCUGUGGGGAUGUGGGACAUGUUCGAAGGGAUUGUCCUGAAUUCAAACAAACUCGACAGAGAAAUAACAGCGUGCCAGGUGCCCAGUUGGUCCGAAGCCUGGUAAAUGCACAGCUAGUGACAGGGUCAGUUCAACAGCAAGUGGAACGACCAUUACGUACCAGACAACCGUCAGAAUGUUCUGAUUCGCAUCAGUCAUCUUACUCUCCACAGCCUCAGCAAUUUACACAGAAUUCCUCUCAACCAGCCUCUAUUAACCAGGCUCAGCCACAGCCAAUGUCCCAGUCUAAGCACGUUCCACAGCCACAGCAGGGUGCACAGCCACCCCAUCAGGUCCAGCUGCCUUUGUUUAACUUUACCCAAUCUCCCCCAGGUCAGUAUUCCACCUUGCAUAACCUGGGACUACUUCAGAUGCACCAUCACCACCAAAUUCAGCUUCCCAACACUUCGUGGCCUAUUCAUGGGCCCGUUAUUCAUUCUGCACCGGGUAACCCUCCUCAUUCAACAAAUGUUCCAUUUUCUAUGAGGUCUGGCAGCAGCAACACCACAAAUAACCAGAGCAGUGUAAGCUUGAAUGAUCCCAGUAUCAUCUUUGCACAGCCUGCUGCCAGGCCCAUGGGAAUCCCCAGCACUUCUCAUGAGGGACACUGGCACAAUCCCGUGACUCCAAACUCACUGGUGAACAAUGGCACUGUGGGGAAUUCAGAUCAGGGUUUCCAAGGACAGUUUGGUAAAAUGAACCCUCCUUCUGUCCCUUGGGACCAUGGGACCCCUACCCAUUUUCCUCUCCUCCGAGGAGUGUGGCCUUACAAUGUGCCUCAGAACUACAUGCAGCAGGGAAAUGCCAGCUAUCCACCGAACAAACCUUUCUACCCUCAAGCUGGUCCACUGAUGCAGAAUAACCAGCGGUUCUCGCUUCUGUCUCAAGGACUCCCACACUUGAAUAUGAAUUACAUUCAGCAGAAAAAAUGAAAUGUAAUGGGAGGGGGGGAAAAAUCAGGUUCUGAUUUAAAAUCUUAAUGCAACAUCUUUAGAUACAAGAUUAUUUAAGACUGUUUUUAAACUGUAUCAUUUGUAUAUAGAUAUGAUCUAUAGUUUUUACUAGUAUCACAAAAUUGAGUGAUACAAAUUUCAUCUAUUUUAUUACCCUAUUUUUAAGGGCAAUUGUGUUUUGUUUUAUCUUGGUAAACUGUAAAGAGAGAAUUUUUAAAAUUAAGUUCUUUAUUUUCUAUUAGCUGUAUUCAUACUUUGGUUGCUUCAGACUUUAUAUAUAUUGUUCUAAAAAUAAAAUUAGAAAGGGAUUUCAUGUGUUUUAAAAAAAUUGUCACUUCUAUUCUUUACAGAACUAUGUAGUGCCAAAAAUUUUUUUAAAAGAGAAAAUAAAACAAAAGUGCAAAACCAG